CUGGUAAUUUGAUGCCUUUCAAAAUAAAAAAAUAAAAAAUAAAACCAGAGCUCUCCCACCUAUCCAAAGAAUGCAGCCGCCACGCCGCCGGAGAAAGAUACAGCUGCCCCUUCUGCUCCUCCUCCUCUUCGCCGUCCUCCCAGCCGCCGUAGCUAACCGUGACUUCCCCUGCAAGCCUCCGCACUUCAACUCUUUCCCCUUCUGCAAUACCUCCCUCCCAAUCGCCGACCGCGUUCGCUCUCUCAUCUCACUCCUCACCCUCCAAGAAAAGAUCAAGCAGCUCUCCAACACUGCCGCUGCCGUCCCCCGUCUCGGCCUUCCUCUCUACGAGUGGUGGUCGGAAUCCCUCCACGGCGUCGCCGGAAAUGGCCCCGGUGUCCGCUUCAACGGCUCAAUCUCUACCGCUACUGUCUUUCCUCAAGUCAUCCUCUCCGCCGCUUCUUUCAACCGCACCCUAUGGCGCGCCCUCGCCCGCGCUAUUGCCAUCGAGGCUCGCGCCAUGUACAACGCCGACCAAGCCGGGCUCACGUUUUGGGCUCCGAACAUCAAUAUCUUCCGCGAUCCUAGAUGGGGGCGCGGCCAGGAGACACCUGGAGAGGAUCCUAUGGCCGCUUCUGUUUACGCUGUUGAUUAUGUUUCCGCCUUCCAGUCGCAGUCGGGCUGGAAUCCGAAUGAGUCCCUUUUUAUCAGAGGCAGUAGUAGGAGGAUUUUGGGGGAGGGCGGCGACCGUGGAUUGUUGAUGAUGUCCGCUUGUUGCAAGCAUUAUACGGCUUAUGAUCUGGAGAAGUGGGGAAACUUCACUAGAUACACAUUCGACGCUCAGGUUUCCGAUCAAGACAUGGAGGACACAUUCCAGCCACCGUUCCGGAGCUGCAUCAAAGAAGGCGGUGCUAGCUGCUUGAUGUGUUCCUAUAACCAAGUGAACGGCGUUCCGUCCUGCGCCCGCGGAGAUCUAUUGACGGAAAUAAGAGAACAGUGGGGAUUUGAGGGAUAUGUCACUUCAGACUGCGACGCCGUGGCUAUAAUUUUCGAGGAUCAGAAGUACGCUUCAUCGCCAGAAGAUGCAGUUGCUGAUGUGCUGAAAGCUGGGAUGGACAUCAACUGCGGCAAAUAUUUGCUUAAUCAUACGGAGUCAGCUGUGAAGCUUGGAAAGGUGAAGGAGGAGGACAUCGACCGUGCACUCUUCAAUCUGUUCUCUGUUCUGUUCAGGCUCAAGCUUUUCGACGGAAAUCCGGCGAAGCAGCAGUACGGGGAGUUAGGAGCCGGCAAUGUGUGUACCAAAGAACACAGGCAGCUUGCUCUCGAAGCUGCGAGACAAGGAGUGGUGCUUCUGAAGAAUGAGGGAGGGCGUCUGCCACUAAGAAGGAGCAAUGUGGCUUCCAUGGCUUUGAUUGGUCCUGCCGGAAACAGAACUGAGGUUCUGGGCGGCGGCUACAGCGGAGUUUCCUGUGAUCCCAAGACGCUUCUUGAUGGGCUGAGAGAUUAUGUGCCGAGCACCGCUUUUGCUGCCGGCUGCGCCAACACCUCCUGCGUGACCGCUAAUGGCUUGAAAGAGGCGGUUCGAGUAGCCGGAGCGGCGGAAGUUGUUGUUGUGGUUGCAGGGCUGAACCUUACCGAAGAAACUGAGGACCAUGAUAGGGUGAGCUUGCUGCUUCCAGGGAAGCAGAAGGAACUUGUUCAUGCCAUUGCCUCUGCAAGCAAGAAGCCUCUGAUACUGGUUCUUAUGGGUGGAGGUCCUCUUGAUGUUUCCUUUGCAAAAGAGGAUUCCAGGAUUUCCGCCAUUAUAUGGAUCGGCUACCCCGGUGAAGUUGGUGGGCAGGUGCUUGCAGAGGCUCUCUUUGGUGAUUUCAACCCUGGUGGGCGGCUGCCAGUGACUUGGUACCCAGAAUCCUUCACUACCGUGCCAAUGAACGACAUGAACAUGAGAGCUAAUCCUUCAAGAGGUUACCCAGGAAGAACCUAUCGAUUCUACUCAGGAAAGAUUGUUUAUGAGUAUGGUUAUGGCUUAAGCUACUCCAGCUAUGCCUACAAAUUCUUAUCUGCUCCUAGUAAAAUAAGCUUGGCGAAUUCCUCCUUUUCUGAAGCUCUCAUCGAUAGAGAACCUGCAUCUGAAGGGCAUGGCGAGGUUGAUUUUCUGCGCAUUGAUGAGACCACACCAUGCGAGGACUUGCAGUUUACUGUGAAGAUUUCAGUAGCAAACAAUGGAGAAAUGGAGGGAAGCCAUGCUAUAUUGUUGUUUUCCAGAUCUGCUAAAAGCAUUAGAGGCUCGCCGAAGCGGCAGCUGGUCGGAUUCGACCGGGCGUUCACAGCUGCUAAUGGAGUCUCUGUGAUUGAAAUGUUGGUAGAUCCUUGCAAGCAUAUGAGCUCUGCAAAUGAGAAAGGAAAGCUUAUUUUGGUACUGGGUACUCAUAUGUUGGUGCUGGGAGAUACAGAACAUGAACUACUUAUUUGCAGUUGAAGUGAAUUGUAGAAUAAAGAUGCACUUUGCUGCUUUGAUCUGAUUCGAUUGGUUAUAAAGCUGAGAUUCUAGACAUGAUUUAGUGUUUGGUUUGAUUAGCUUCUUUUCUGCUGAUUUUAAUAUUAUGUUUCUCUAGAUUUA